GCCUCGAAGCGCCAGCACGUUCGCGCGGGCUUUCCACCGCGGCCACAGCGGCGCAGGGCCUGCCACCGGGAGAGCGAGAGAGAGAGCGCGAGUGAGCGCGCGCGCGCGCGCCGUCGCCGCCGCGGGAGCCGCCCUUUUUGAAACCCGCGGGGCCGAGUGCCGGGCGACCAGUGUGACGUGCUUCCCUCGACCGCCGACCACGGCCUGGCAGCGACCAUGCCGGCCGCGAGGACCAUCGGCGCAGUGCUCGCGCUGCUGCUCGGCGGAUCGCUCGCGCUCUCGAGCAAAGGUGACAUAAAGGUGAGCGUGAUGGUACCGAAGGAAGCCGAGCUGAGCAAGUCGGCAAAGCUCGAGUGCAAUUGGAAGCUCAACGGCAACGCCAGUCUCUAUUCCGUCAAGUGGUACAAAGACGAGUACGAGUUCUUCAGCUACAAUCCCGACAACCGCGACAAUACCAUCACUACUCGGAUUCUCAAUGGAGUCGUCGUCGAUGAACGCGCGAGCAAGAAAAACGAGGUGAUGUUGACGGAUUUGACGCUCAACAGCACGGGCCAGUACAAGUGCGAAGUGUCAACAGACGCACCGUUCUACCACACCAAUUACUCAACCGGCCACCUGACCGUCAUAUCGCUGCCAAGCCAGGGGCCUGAAAUCAGGGGACUCGGCACUCAGUACGCUCUCGGCGAGAAUGUCACUGCCAAUUGCACUGCUUGGCCUUCCGUGCCGCAAGCCAAGCUCCAUUGGACUGUCAACAACAAAGAGGUGCCGGACAAGUACGUGAUCAAGCACAAGCCGCACAGCCCGCUGGAUAAUCAGGGCACGCCCAACAGUCUGGGCCUCAGGCUGGAGCUGGAGUCGCGCCACAUGGCCGGCAGCGGCGGCACGCUGCGGGUGCGCUGCGUGUCGCACGUGGCCUCGCGUCGCCAGGAGGUCGAGCAGACGGCCAAGCUCACCCACGCCAACAACCAGCGCUACAGCGCCGGCGACCUCAGGAGCCGCGCCUCGAUCGUCUCGCUGUCGUCGAUCGCUCUGCUGGCCGCGCUGCUCCUCACGUGACCUGCUUAAGGGCGCACUCGCCAUCGCAGCAUCGACGACCGCUCUUACCCUCCUCAUCGUCCUUCGGCGCUGCGAGCUCGGAGCUUCUUCUCGUCGUCGUCGUCGUCGUCGUCGUCGUCGUCGUCGUUGUUGUUGUUGUUGUCAAAGUGCACGACAUAUCCUGCGAGCUCUUUGCGCUCUUCCGCACCGCUCACGGCAACACUUGUAUCAUACGUGCGCGGCCUUGGCUCGUGGUUUCGUCGUUUGAUUUGUCGGAGAGCGUCAUCGAAGCGAUUCCGAGCGACGGAUUUCUGCCAUAUUCGUUACAUGAUACGUGGGUCGAGAGAUGAGCGACAGAAUUUUGUAUAAAUGCGCGAGUGAUUCGCACGCUCGCGUGCGCGCGCCCACAUACACACACAGACACACACAGACACGCGCACACAAAAACAUGGCAAUUAGUACGAUUAAGGCAUGCGAGACAUAUUUGUAGAGGAGGCCGCGACAAAAUAAAGCGCAUGAAAGUAUGUAAAUGUAUAGGUCGAGCGUUGAGUUAUGUACACUUCGCUGUCCAUCCAGUAAGAUUAAAAUACAUAGCGAGAGAGAGAGAGAGAGAGAGAGGCGUAGGCCAUUUUUAAGACGGAAAAAAGUAUAUGUGGCUAAGGUUCUUUUGUAAAUAAACUAUAAAUCCAUUUGUAAAGAUUAUAAUGCUCGAGAACGACGGGCAGAGCAGGUCAGAUGUA